CACUCUUUUUCAUGCUGCAGGUGUUUCUUUCCCACCUAAUCCCUGUUAAGGCUGUUGGUAGUCUUCAAUUCCAAUUCCUGAGCUUUUGUAUCUUCCUUUCCGGGUCUCUUUCGCUAUAUUCCUUCAUUCCGCAACAUUGCUUGCCAUACACUCCUUUGGUUUAGCCGCUCCUUACCACGCCAUCUGUCUGUAUUCCGAAGCAGAACAAGAUGCACACAUUCAUUAAGUUGCUUUCAGCAGUUUUGCUGGUACUGUCUCUCACAGCAUGGGGUGUUGAUGCAUCUCCAAGACACAAGACCAAGUUCUCCAAGCACCACCGGAAGGGACCGCUUGUCCUCGGCGGCUCAACCUUCAAAAUCAACCAACGCCAUAACCCAAACUACAAGCGCACCGCAAAUUCCGGCCCCGUCGAGUUAGCAAAGACGUACAAGAAGUUCAAUGUUCUUUUCCCGAAUCAGCUCGCCAACGCCAUCGCUGGCAUUGUUGGACGCCUUCAGGGCACAGAUGGCGUCUCAGCGCCUCUUAACGCCUCGAACGUCAACUUCGGCACGGUUGAGUCAAUCCCAGAAGCUUAUGAUCGUGAAUAUUUGUCCCCAGUUCAAAUAGGCACACCACCACAAACAGUCAACCUCAACUUUGAUACCGGCUCCGCAGACCUCUGGGUGAACACCAACGAGACGCCUGAGAACCAGCAAAAUGGCCAAGCCGAGUACAACCCAACCCUCAGCUCUACUUCGAAGAAGAUGGAAGGGGCAACCUGGAAUAUCACCUAUGGCGAUCGAAGCGCAUCGUCCGGCAUCGUCUACACGGAUGUCGUUUCCAUUGGCGGCGUAACUGUUCAGUCUCAGGCUGUUGAGUCUGCCCAACAAGUCUCUUCCUCCUUCCAGGCUGACGCUGCUUCCUCCGGUCUUCUCGGACUUGCCUUCGGCACCAUCAACACCGUGCAACCGGUGCAACAGAAGACUUUCUUCGAGAAUGCCAUGAAUGACCUCGCAAGCCCUCUAUUCACCGUCAACCUGAUGAAGCAGGCUGCUGGGAGUUACGACUUCGGAUACAUCAAUGAGUCGGAGCACACCGGAGAGAUCGAGUACACGCCAGUCGAUAGAUCGCGCGGCUUCUGGGGCUUCAACCCCUCCGGAUUCCAAGUCGGCAACUCGAGCUUCAACGCCAGCAGCUGGUACGCCAUCGCCGAUACCGGAACUAGCCUGCUCCUCCUGCCAAGCGACAUGGUCGGCAUCUACUGGUCGGCAGUACGCGGCGCCAAGUUCGAUGCUCUCCAGGGCGGCUACACGUUCCCCUGCAACACCACCCUGCCGAGCUUCACCUUCGGUGUCGAGGAGUACCGCGGCGUCAUCCCCGGCCACUUCAUGAACUACGUCGCGAUCACAAAGGCGACGUGCUUUGGCGGGAUUCAAAGCAGUGAUGGUCUCGGAUUCAGCAUCUUCGGAGACGUGGCGCUGAAGGCCCAGUUUGUUGUUUUCGACGGCGGAGACAACACGAUGGGGUGGGCUAAUAAGGAUCUGUCGAGCUCUGUAUAAGAGAGGGGCCAGCUGAGCUGGGGAUGGGUAGAAACUAUAGACUCGAACGCGACGUUUGUACAUAGGGGUUGCUUUGUUGACUAGAUGUCAAUUUGUGGAAGAGAAGACUUAGAUAGUUCUUCAGUGAUUUCCCAAGAGGGUUGGUGGAGAAGUGGUGGGGGAUCUUGCAAUAAUUCACUAUUGAGACCCUGCAUGGAUCCAUGAUCGGGCGUAGUAUAUAAUACUUAACUUCUCACUGGU